ACCUGUGACGCAGCCGCCCAGCCCUCUCUCACUCCCCGACUCCCGACUGUAUCAUAUAUGAUAUGAUUUUGAAGUAGCGCUUAUAGCGUGAGAAAAUCGGAUUGAGUGAAAUAUUUACAUGUUACGCUAUAGACUGAAAACUGUUCAAGAAGCCUGCCCACAACAGAGCGGCUGGGCCGGCGCCUGCAAUGGCAGUCGGCCCGCCAGCUCGCACCACCGACAAAGUGCUGGAGGAAAGUCAGCUGACUGGAGAACUGCGGCUCAGCGGUCGCGGCCUCAAGGAGAUGCCUGGCAUGGUGCCUCCAUUUCCCUAUGAGGAUCUCCUGGUGGCAGACCUGUCCAAGAACCGUCUAUCGGAGAUUCCACCGGGCUUGGUGGAGAAUGGUCGGAGCCUGGAGGAGCUGGACGUCCACCACAACUGCAUCCGGGGCAUUCCCGAGCGGAUCCACCAGCUGCGCAACCUCACCAUCCUCAACCUCAGCCGAAACCAGCUUACGUUCCUCCCUCCUGCGUUGUGCGCGUUACCGCGGCUCGAGGUGCUGAUAGUCUCCUACAACAAGCUCGUCUCGCUGCCAGAGGAAAUCGGCCAGCUGACCCAUCUAACCGAGCUGGACUCGCGCUGUAACGAGAUCAAUCAGCUACCGGUGACGCUGAAGCGGUUGGAGUCACUCGUCUCGCUCAGCUUGCGCCGUAACUCACUGCAGCGGCUCCCUGACGAUAUCCACUGUCUGCUGGGUCUCCGGGUACUGGACGUGGCAGAAAACCAGAUCAAAGCGCUACCUCUGCAGCUGCGGCUCAUGUCCAGCCUGGAGAAGCUCAUUGUCACCUGUAACCCGCUAGAGUUUCCGCCGGCAACGGUGUGUGCUCGGGGACGGCUGCACAUCUACAAGUUCCUGGAGAUCAAGGCGGUGCGGGGUGAGCAGGAGGAGCGGCACAGACGCGGAGCCUCUGACGAGCUCGAGCUCCGAUCGGCGCGGCCGCCGCCCGUCGGAGGAAAUGACGUGCGGACUCCUCAGCCGCGCGCCCCCGCUCCGCCUCCGGUUCCGGUGCCAACCCCGGCGCCUGUGCCAGUGACACCGGCCGGUCCUGAGAGCAGGACGUCAAUAGUCAGCCAGAGGGGCUCGCACGCACCGCCCAAACAUGAGGCGGCGGCAUACUCAGGGUACGAGCCGGACCGGUCGAGCCAGGUCGUGAUGCGUCGGUUCGAGCCAGCCCGCUCCGCCUCCGGGCUAAAUCACACACCGUCCUCACGGCACUACGGGCUGGGCACCAAGCCGUCAGGAGUGCCAUCUAGCGGCACGUCCAGCGGCUAUAGUUCGUCAUCCAGCCAGCAGGGAGCUGCUGGUGGCUAUACUUCGCCUCCCAGCCAGCAGGGCGCUACUGGUGGCUAUACUUCGCCUCCCAGUCACCAGGGAGCUACUGGCGGGUAUAGUUCCCCACCCGGUCACCAGGGUGCGUCUGGAGGCUAUAGUUCACCGCCUAGUCACCAGAGUGCAUCUAGUGGCUACAGCUCAUCAUCCGGCCACCAGGCGGGGCUCAGCGCGCGGGAAAAGGAAGCCAUCGAGAGGCUACGUCAGAACAUCGAGGGCCGUCUGCACGUGUCGCUACCGGACGACCUGCGCUCGGCGCUCGGUGACGGUGUGGUGCUCUGCCACCUGGCCAACCACGUGCGACCACGUGCCGUCUCGUCCAUACACGUGCCGUCACCAGCCGUGCCCAAGCUGAACGAAGCCAAGUGUCGUCGGAAUCUGCAGAAUUUCCUCGAGGCCUGCCGAAGGAUCGGUGUGGAGGAGGAGCCGCUGCGCUCAGCCCACCUGGUGGCGCGCGACCUGCUGCCGGCCCCGCUCCGCCCCGUCACGCCGCCCCCGCCCCCGCCCCUGCCCGCGCCCGCGCCCCGGUCAGCGCCUGCGGCGGCUGACGCCGCCUGGCUGACCCCCGUGCUGCUGAGCACGCUGGUCGGCUCGUGGCUGGUGCUGUACCUGCUGCCCGAGCCGCAGUGACAGCCGGCCACCGCCUCCCUCCCAGUGCCGCCGGCGGCCCCGAGCAUCUCUGCGCGCCUACGGACGUCAACCAGCUGCACACGCUGCCGCGAAUCAGCAUCACUGUCGAUCGGUUACUGAGGUUCGCUGCCCAGCCGCCGCAGCAGCUGCAGAGCAACGUGUGACCGAUUCAGCACCUUUAGUAGUAAAGUUAUCCUGCUCAGCUUUGAAGACAGGCGUGUGAGGGACUCGGCUCUGCGGAGGGAUGUCUGAGGGCUCCCAGCGCGGCAGAGGAACGCGAGAGGACUGCCAACAAUCAGAGCAACGUCUGAGGAAUCAGCUGCGCAGGCAGUAUCUGGGAACUCACCACUGCCGCUACGGCUUCAGAGCGUCGUCUUAGGUCUCGCCACAGCCACCGAACAACGUUUGGGGAUUCAGCUAUAUAGAGCAUAAUGUCUGAGGAAUUGUCACAGCCAGCCCACGGCUUCUGAGCAACGUCUGGGGAUUGUCAGCACUGCAAAGCAACCCCUGGAGACUCAGCAUUACAAAGCAACGUCUGAGGAUGGUUAACACUGGUGAGCAAGGCGGCUGAUGUGAGGUGUCCAAAUCGGCUUUGCAAAGCAACGUUUCAGAGGAUCGUCUGAAAGCUUUCCGAAAACUUUGGGCAGAGCAAUGUCCCGAUGACCCGCGGGCACUGCAUAGCACCGUUUGAGGACGAAAAGCACCCUUUAAGCAACGCUACGGAGAAAGGUCUGAUGACCAUCGCACCGCAAGACAACAUCGGAAGAGGCUCGUUACUGCAGGGUAGUCUGGGAACUCAGCGCUGGUUUGAGGACUGGCAUCACUGCCGCCUCAUUUGGGAGAUUUGAGGAUUGUGUCACUCCUCAGCUGUGGAGAUUAUGGAGUCGCCCACUGCUACCGGUACACUCAAGAACAUUUGAGAACUGACAGAGGCGCCGUUGUAAUAUCAAGCUGUCGAGCUGCGCUUCACUUCAUUGUUCCGACCUUCGUCACUCGGCUUUUCACCAUCUGAUGGCGGGAAUGGGUUUUAUUUACCGACCGAACAUUGCGAAAUUACCAAUUCCACCAGAGUUCUAUUGUUCACUUUUGUGAUAGUAUAUUUGUGUGAUUUAUUGUGUUCAUUAUGCUGGAGUAGGUUGUGUGCGAACGCCUGCUGUUGCAGUGGGCUGUUGUGCCAACAAACCUUGUGCAACCUUGCCAAUGUCGACGUCUUAGAGUAAGUUCGUGACAUUUUGGGCACCAUUCCUUACUCGUUUUCAAUUAUCAUUUUGUUGCUCAUUGCUCUUCACAUAUGCUUUUAAAGCUAGCAAUUUUCAGUACUCAGUCGUGUGGCUUGUUACAGACAUAGCCUACGAAUUAUUGUGCAAAUGAUGGCGCGUUAGCAUCCCACUAUCGUAGAUGCGCGGUCUGUCCGAUUUUUCUCUCAGCGGGCGGAUAUGUGCUCAUACUCUCAUGCCUUGCUCUCCAAGCGGCGUGUCGCUGACUUUCCGUGUUUGUCACCUAGUCACUGGCGGUCACCCCUGUCCCAGCGGCCUGCCGAGGACAAACUCCAGACACGGCCGGGGCAGUUGGAGCGGGUAUUACAUCGUGGGGGUUUCGCCGUCUUCACCGUGUCAGAAAGGUGGUGGGUGGCGGGCGGGUAGGCUUCCGUGUGGAGAUGGCAUUAGUACGAUGUACUUAGUUCGAAAACGAUAUAUUAUGGAUGAGAGUUGUAUUGUGCUAUGAAGGAAGAAAGGCGUAAGCGCGUAAAUGCUGAUAUAUGAACAUAGUAUGUACUGUGAUGGCCGAUAUCUUGCUUUGCGACAUACCUACUGGUGAGCGAAAGGUUGAAAGGUUGGUGCGACGGCUUGCUAUGUCACAUUAGCAGAGUAUUUAUUGUAAACGUACUUAGACCACCGCACCGCGGAGCAUCUCAGCCCGUCACAUAUGCUUGAUUCAUGUGUCGAAUCAAAACACCACUGGAUUAAUGUGUUUGUCUUAAGUCACGUGACCAGGGUCUAUGUCUACCAGUGGUGGAGCCAGGAUUCUAUUUUGCUUGUGGCCACACCUCGCGAUCUUCCGUUGGCCGACGUUUCGUCCUCCUGUGACGAACUAUGGCUCCUGUCGCUGUGAUACCGUGAUGUGAGCGUGGUUAUACGACCGCAGGUGAAUACGAACUGCAACCGUGUCCCAUGUCGCUGUCACCUACCGUCGUCUGCCUCGCUUGGCCGUUCAUUGUUUGUAUUGCAAGUUCGUAUUGUACAAUAUGAAACUGGAGCUUCGA